AUGACAUUUGCAUACACAACCGCGCAGCUGCUUUCACUGGCGCCUGCAGCCAUCUCGCGACCUAUCCCUAGACCCGCUAGAAAAAUUUUGUUCCGGUUGAGGAUCUGGAGGCCUCGGAAGGGUCGUAUCAGGCUUAAGCACUCGUUGUCUGCAGUAGAUGGAUCUCAUAAAAAUUCUACAAAAACAAUUCUGGGUCUUCUGAAUGCUCGUUCGGUUGUCAAUAAAGCGGCUCUUCAUGACACCAUUGUCGACAAUGGAAUUGACAUACUGGCACUCACGGAGACUUGGAUCUCAUCUGACGCAUCCAAUGCAGUGAGGCUGGCCCCACCUGGUUUUUCUGUGGCACAUUAUCAUAGGCCUGAUCGGCGUGGUGGUGGCCUCUCUGUUGUGUACCGGGCGACAUUUCGACAUUCAGCGCUAGAUUUUGGUAUUUUCACAACGUUCAAGCUGCUUGUCACCAAGCUCGUGUGCCCUGAGUCGGCUAUUAUUCUCGCCGUUCUUUAUCGCCCUCCUGGUCCGGCUGUUGAUUCGUUUUUUGAGAAACUGGAGACUUUGAUAAAUUACGUACAUUUAUCUUCAUCUUCCUUUAUAAUUUGCGGCGAUUUCAACUGUCCUGGUAGCGAACGUCUCUCUUCCCUUCUGGAAAAAAAUAACUUAUCUCAACACGUAAGCUUUCCAACACACCGGUGUGGUAAUACUCUUGAUCUGAUCAUCACCUCGACUUCGUUUUCCGACAGCAUAAAAGAUGAGAGAUCAUCAGAUGUCACCUAUUCUGACCAUAAAAUCAUUCUUGUGGACAUAUGUACAUUCAGUAUCCCGCCCCUAGUUGAAACUCGUACAUAUAGGUCUAUACAUUGCAUUAACCUAAACAGAUUUCAAUCUGACUUAAUGGCUGUUGUCGAUUCUUUGCUCUCUGCUUCACUGGAUCUUGAUAUGCUGGCUUCAGCCCUUGAUCGGAAUUUGCACAGUUUGCUGAAUCGACACGCUCCACUAAAAACUAUUACCAUCAGGCGUGGCCAAAAACAUAUCUUCACUCUUUCUGAUGAGGCACGUCAGUCAAAGGUUUCAAAAAAUGCAGCUAAAAACGCCAUUCUCAAAUCUAGAGCGGACUGCAUAAGCUCUGAAUUCGGUAAAUUAAAUUCAAACCCUCGUUUCCUGUGGCGCUUGGCUAACAAAGUUCUUCACAGCCACCCUGUCCAUUGCUAA